GCGGGACGAGGUCUGGUGUCCGAGCGUUGCGUAGAGAAGAACUGGAAGGAGACAGUUGUAAGGAGGACAUAAGGGUUGUCACCAGGAGAACAGGGAGAUCAGUAGGCGCUCCCUUUAUUCCGCCCCCCCGAAAACUCCUACAGGGCGCUGGUUUCCUUGUUCCAUCAAGCCGCUCGGGAGGCUGCAGUGCGCAAUCCAGUGCAUGUCAGUCAUGAAGCCCAGACGAGGAAAUAAGUUUAAGUCACCAUCUGUAUUUAAGCGAAAGGGCAUCAGGGUUAUAGGAAAAUGGAAACCAGUGGAGGUUGACCCAAAUAUCUUUGCUGAUGAACAGUUUGGAGGCUUAGUAUGUUUUGAGGAACUUACAGAUUAUAAAUUGGUGUCAUCUUUGAAAGCUGCAGCAGGAAAAGUCAAAAAGAGAAAAUCCAGUAGUAGGCACAAAGAAGAUGAAGAGUCUGAGGAAGAAAUUAGUACCAUUCCCAAAAAGAAAAGGAAGAAGGAGAAAAAUCUGGACCAUGAAGCAGGAAGCGAGGAUGACCAUCAAGUGGAAGAAAUGGGAGUAGGCCACACAGCCAAGGAUGAGAAGUCCCUUGUUGGUUGUGAGCAAGAGGAAAGUGAGGCAGGGGCGGCUAUAGGACUGGAGAGGAAACAAGGGAAGAAAAAGAAGAAGAAAGAACAAAAGACAAAAAUAUGUCCUUCCCAAGAUGUCCCUGAAUUAGUCAAAUCCUCUAAAAAGGCUAAGAACUGGACAGUCCAAGCUUCGGAUCGGAAAGCAGACGUUUCUGCGUGGAAAGGCCUCUUUGUUCCUAAGCCUGUUCUUCAGGCGCUGAGUGAAUUGGGCUUCAGUGCACCAACUCCUAUUCAGGCUCUGGCUCUGCCUUCGGCGAUUCGAGAUGGCAUGGAUGUCCUUGGCGCUGCAGAAACAGGAAGCGGAAAGACCCUUGCUUUUGCCAUCCCGAUGAUCCAUUCCAUCCUGCAGUGGUACAAAUCAAAAGGUUUGGCUAGUGGGAAGGACCACCCGCUAGCUGGAGAAGUGGACAGCGAGGACGCCCUUUCAAGGCAGGAAGCGAGUGAAGAAGCCGAAGACCUGCAUUCUGAGGAGGAUGAACUUAGUGAUGCCGCUGAUGAUGACAAAGCUCUGGCAACAAAGGGGCUGGAGGAUGCCGAGUUCGAUUUGGGUCCCUCACAUCACACUGCUGAUGCACGGAAAAGCAAUCCUCUUCUAGGACUGGUCUUAACUCCUACAAGGGAGCUGGCUGUCCAAGUAAAGCAUCACACUGAUGCAGUGGCCAAGUUCACAGGCAUUCAGACAGCCAUUCUGGUUGGAGGAAUGGCUCCGCAGAAACAGGAGCGGGUCUUGAAGAGGAAGCCAGAGAUCGUGAUUGCAACCCCGGGGCGCCUGUGGGAGCUAAUCCAGGAGAAACAUCCACAUCUCUCAAACCUACGGCAGCUCAGGUGCCUGGUGAUUGACGAAGCUGACCGGAUGGUGGAGAGGGGACAUUUCUUAGAGCUCUCUCAGUUGUUGGAAAUGUUGAGGGAGUCUCAGUAUAACCCAAAGCGUCAGACAUUUGUCUUCUCUGCCACCUUGACUUUAAUCCAUCAGGCUCCCGCUAGAGUUCUCCAGAAGAAAAAUGCUACCAGAAUAGACAAAAAAACUAAACUGGAAAUGCUGAUCCAAAAAGUGGGCAUGCAGAACAAGCCCAAAGUGAUAGACUUGACAAGAAAAGAGGCCACUGUGGAGACUCUCACGGAGACCAGAAUCCAUUGUGACACAGAAGAGAAAGAUUAUUACCUCUAUUACUUUCUGCUUCAGUAUCCCGGCAGAACCAUGGUUUUUGCAAACAGCAUCGAUUGUAUCAAACGGCUCACUGCCCUCCUGACAAUAUUGGAUUGUAACCCCCUGCCUCUUCAUGCGAACAUGCACCAGAAACAGAGGUUAAAAAAUCUGGAGAGGUUCGCUGAACGCAACAGCUGUGUCCUCUUGACCACGGAUGUUGCAGCUCGGGGUCUUGAUAUUCCUCAUGUGCAGCAUGUGCUCCAUUACCAGGUUCCACGCACUUCUGAGAUUUACGUGCACAGAAGUGGCAGGACUGCCAGAGCUGCCAAUGAGGGCCUCAGCCUGCUGCUGAUUGGCCCAAGUGACAUGCUGAAUUUUAGAAGGAUUUACAAGACAUUGGAGAAGAAUGAGGAGCUUCCUUUUUUCCCAGUGGAAACAAAAUUCAUGACUGCAAUCAAGGAGCGGGUGGAUUUGGCACGACGGAUUGAGAAGAUGGAAUAUUUCAACAGCCGAGCGAAGCAUCAUAACUCUUGGCUCCAGCAGGCUGCAGAAGCGCUUGAGCUUGAUCUGGAUGAUGAUGCACUAAUAGGAGGCCAGCCCAGUGAGCAAGAAGAGAGUGAGAAACAAAAGAUGCUAAAAGGGAUGAAGAAGCACCUGAAACACCUGCUCUCCCUGCCAGUAUUUAAACAUCUUAUGAAGACCAAAUAUCCAACACAGUCAGGAAAACUGCUUGUGUCCGAUAAUGCAGGGGCGCCUUCCCAGUCUGCGUUGGGUGCCAUGUCAAAAGCACAAGCGAAGAAGAAGAAGAAGAAGCAGCCAAAUGAAGACAAGCCAAGUAACUGACAGGAAUUGUGGGGCUGCAGGAGAUAGAACCCCCAUUUCAGACCCCCUCUUAUGCAUACGAGAACCUUCUGUUCCCAUAUCGGUUGGUGCUUCUUGGCACAGAUACUUCCUGAUGUACAAACCAAAUCCAGCUUCUUGCAUACGAUGUUUUUAUAAACCCGUGUCAUCAGGUAGAAUCAGCAGAAGCAAGUGCAAAGACAGACGCGUCCUGUGCUAACAGGUGCAGCCUGGAUCUUCCUGCACUGCUGUGUGGGAAGGACAGCAGUUCAUCGGAUGCCUUUGCUCCCAAGAGCAGUUGCAGCCCCCAUUUUAACCCAUGGUGGGUGAACAUUCUAGCCACCUGGACUAGUUGCUUUAAAUGAAUGUGUUUGUUUUUUUAAAAAAAAGACAUGAGAAUUUUAAGAGCAUCCCAUGGAUAGUCUCAUAAAUACAAAAUGCUGAAUAAAUCCAAGCAGAAAUUUGA